UCAAAUGUUUCUGAGAAAUGUCACAACAGAAUGCGCUUCUGUGUGUUGUCUGUCGCUUUCAAACCCGUACUUCGUUGGGAAUGCUAGCAUUGUGUAAUUACCGGCGCCAAAACUCGGCUUUCUCUAUUUACAUCCGUUUUUGUCGAAAUUUCUAUGGCUGAACUGCGGGGACUAAGCUGCUCUGUGUGUUACAACGAUUUCAAGUCAGAUGAAGUGCAGUUCGUUCCCAGAAAUCUUUCCUGCGGACACACAUACUGUACAGGAUGUUUGAACAAGUUAGCUUUCCAAGCCCGAAAUCCUGGUACAAUCUGUUGUCCAACAUGUAAAAUAGAGACAACACUGUUUCCAAGGACUUUUGAAUCUGUGAGAAACCUACCGAAAAACUUUGGAGUGCUUGAGAUUCUUGAGGGCAAAGAAGAAGUUCAAACUGAUGGAAUCCAAAAGGAGAAGGAGAGAAAUAAAUAUCUUUGUCCAGAACAUGAUGAAGCUUUGAAGGUCUACUGUCAUACGGAUAAUUGUCUUAUCUGCAUUUAUUGUCAGGUGUAUGGCAAGCACAUGGGACACAAUUGUGAACUUGCCACCAGCAUUGCCACAACAACUCGUGAAGAACUUCGCAUCUUGUCUAAGAAAUUGGGCGAUCACUAUGACACAGUUAAGAAAGCUAGAAGAAAUGUGAUUGAUGCAAGGGAAGCCAUACUGAACACUCAACUGUAUUUGCGUGACAGGAUUAUGAAACAUAUGGGGGUGUUGCGAGCUUGCAUGAGCAGACGGGAAACUGUGUUAAAGUGUGAUGUUGAUGACAGGACAAAACAGAAGAUCAAACCUUUGGAUGAACAAGAGAGCAUGAUGACAGAAAUUGUGAAUAAGUGUGAAACAGCAUAUUCUCUGAUCCAGAAAUGCCAGAAUAAUGACAGUGCUUUGGUGGAUGAGAAGCACCGUAUCUAUAGACUAAUGGAUGAAGUACAUGAUCUAAUGGAGAAGAUUGUAUUGGAGCCAAAGGAAACAAGCAAUUUAACGUAUUACUUUGAGUAUGAUAUCACUUGCAUUCUGGAAACACAGAUCGGUGAAAUCAGAGUGCUGAAGCCAGGCCAGAAAGAGGAACCUCUGGCCGGGCUGAACAAACAUGAAUUGUCAGGGAAAAAGGAAAUGUAUGAUGCAGAGACACAGACAGAAGAUCUUCAAGAAAAUGAUGACAACCCUCUGUUUCAAAGCCUAUUGCAAGGAUUGGAGGAAAUUGUUCAGACACGUUUGACAGAACCAAGAUGGGAUCAAAGUCCAGCUGUUGUGUUACCUGCGUUUCAACCAGAAAGUCCUGACCACAGUAGCUCUGAGUCAGGUAUAAAUGAGUUGGGUGGAACAUCAGACCAUUCAGAUGCAGAGGAAAUAGAGAGUGAUACUGAACUUGAGGGAGCAGUAGGUGGGGAGACUUUGCCUAGCAGCCACAGUCAAGAACUGAGAGAUUCAAGAAAUUCAGAAGAGAGACAAACAAGCUUGCUGGAUGAAUUACAGGAUGAAAUUGAAAGACUACAACUUCUCAGUCCUAGUGGUGACGUUGUUUCCUUGACAGGUGAAGGAAUGGGAGUAAAUACUGAUACAACAAGCUCAGAAGGUGUUGAUACUGUCAAUGCAAGAAGGUCAACCUCAAGUGACGAAUGGAGUUUAACGCCCCCAACAAAUCAGGGGGGACCCCUCAGCCUAGAAAGUACCUUACUUCUUCCUGGACAUAGACUAGUGUCUACAGAUGGGCUCAGGAGUCUGGACAGUCAGCAGUAUGCAACUAGGGACAGAACUCAUUGCUCUUCUGCCAAAUGUCAGAACCCUACAGCACAUGCAUCCAAAAAAUGCUUACACUGUCGGCGUCAAUUUUGUGCAACUUGUGCAUCCUUGUCACACACAUGCCAGAAGAGUCCAAGUGGGCAUCGAUUUGUGUCGGUCCUACUUACAACCCGGGGUAGAGAACGACCAAGAAGCGGUAGGGUAGUGACAAAAAAGCCUAAGAAAGAGGAAGGACCCCCCUGGGAAUGCAAGCAGUGUACCAUGAUAAAUGGACCACAGGUGCUGGUGUGUCUGGGGUGUGACACCCAGCGAGAGGUAGAUUCUCAAGAGGGGCGCAAUGUGUGCCCCAUGUGCACCUUGGUUAAUGAGCCCGGUAAGACAAAGUGUGAACUGUGUGACACAGAACUGGUCAGUCAAACACAAACUGAUGAAGCAGAUACUGAGGGGUCCUAAGGCUUGCCACUUCAACUCUUGGAAUUAUUUGCUUGCAUCAAGUAUCAAAGCAUUUCACUAAGACAAAAAAAAUUUGUGGAUCACUGUUAGCAUCUGAGCAACUGCACACCUACCCCUCCCCUAACCUAACUUGUCUCUUGCUGGGUGAGGGUGGGGGGUAGGAGUACAGUUGCUCAGUAUCAUGUAGUGGUAAUUUUUUAAGGGGUAAUCUUGAGAUUGGUUUUGCUCAGAUACCGCAUUAAGUUAGAUGGUAACUGGACAAACAGUUUGCUGUAUAUCUCUCAAGAACCACAAACAUGUUCUGUGGUUUCUCUAACACUGUUAAUAUGAUUGCCAAAGUUUUCUUUUCAUUUAAAUUAUGUUAUAUUUUUAUACCCCUUGAGAUAAAAAUUUAAUUUAAUGUUAUCUCUGCUUUCUUUGAGCACUGUAAACACAUGAAGCAAGGCAAGAUUGCUCAUUUUUGUAUGUGUCUUAAGUUUGUGUUCCAGAGCUUAUUUAGAUUAUGUUCUUUUUAAAACGCUGCUGCAUAAGAUGUGGCUUGGCUUGGCUUGUCUAAUGUGUUACCUAGUGGGUUAAUUUUCUCUUCAAAAAUAUAAGGCAAGAUUAUUUGUAGUAGUCUUCAAGAAGGUGUGGACAGAGUACACAGAUUUUGUCCCUAAAAGGUAGAUUUUCCUUUGUCAUCAGUUAUACCAUUGUAACGUUUGAGUGAAAUUCUUUGUAAAUAAAUUUCAUUGUAAUAAAUAAAUAUAGUCUGUAGGGGAACACUGUAUAAUAAAGGAAAACGAUAGCAAA